UCCCUUACCCUCCACGCCAUUCUACUGAGUCGGCGAAUUCUCCUCUUCUACAUAAACGCGCUCCCUUCUUCUCUUCUUCUUCAUCUCAAGAAUCAAGAAUCAAACAUCUGUUUUUCUUUUGAAUUUUCUCUGUGUCAAAUAGAAUCGUCUCUUUCCUUUUUUUCUUUCAAAUAUGCAGAUCUUCGUCAAAACCUUAACCGGUAAAACUAUUACUCUCGAGGUGGAGAGUUCUGAUACCAUCGAUAAUGUCAAGGCCAAGAUCCAAGAUAAAGAAGGAAUUCCACCUGACCAACAAAGGUUGAUCUUCGCCGGAAAGCAACUCGAAGACGGCCGUACUUUGGCCGAUUAUAACAUCCAGAAGGAGUCUACUCUUCACCUAGUUCUCCGUCUCCGUGGCGGUAUGCAAAUCUUUGUCAAAACCCUCACCGGCAAGACCAUAACUCUUGAGGUCGAGAGCUCCGACACAAUUGAUAACGUAAAAGCCAAGAUCCAAGAUAAGGAAGGCAUCCCUCCUGAUCAACAGCGUCUGAUCUUCGCCGGAAAACAACUCGAAGAUGGCAGGACGCUUGCAGAUUAUAAUAUUCAGAAAGAAUCAACUCUUCAUUUAGUUCUCCGAUUGAGGGGAGGCAUGCAAAUCUUUGUGAAGACUCUGACGGGCAAGACCAUAACUCUCGAGGUGGAGAGCUCUGACACGAUCGAUAACGUCAAGGCCAAGAUCCAAGAUAAGGAAGGUAUCCCGCCUGAUCAGCAGAGGCUAAUCUUCGCCGGAAAGCAGCUCGAGGAUGGAAGGACGCUUGCUGAUUAUAACAUCCAAAAAGAGUCAACCCUUCAUCUGGUUCUCCGAUUGAGAGGGGGCAUGCAGAUCUUUGUAAAAACUCUCACCGGCAAGACCAUAACUCUAGAGGUCGAAAGCUCUGAUACGAUUGAUAAUGUGAAGGCCAAGAUCCAAGAUAAGGAGGGGAUUCCACCUGAUCAGCAGAGGCUGAUAUUUGCAGGGAAGCAGUUAGAGGAUGGACGUACUCUGGCCGAUUAUAAUAUUCAGAAAGAGUCCACCCUCCAUCUUGUGCUCCGUCUUCGCGGUGGUGAUGAUUGUUAGAUCUGAGAGAAAGUUGCCUGCUUCUGUUUCCUUCAUGUCUAGUGGUUUAAGGGUCCAAGUGGGUUCUUGUUGCCUACUUCCUGGUAAAAAGUUAUGUUCUUACUGUGUCUCUUAACACCAAUUGCAGUGGCGACAUGUUUUUCUUAUAUUAAGUUAGUAACUUCAAAUUUGGUUUCUCAAUUAUAAGCUUUCAGGUUUCGAUUUCAA